AUGGUAAUUGUCCUACCCCUGUUUGCUAUCGUGGGUAACACUGACAUUCCUCUCCACCCCGUGCAGGCUUCAAUCCUCCGCCAAAUCGUCGCAAGUCCUAGACAAAAGCAUCCAGAAGCAGGGUUAGAUCUGUGCUACGUAACCGAUAAGAUAAUCGCCACAUCUGGCCCCUCCGCAACGUAUCCAAAGCGAGCAUACCGCAACCCACUCGAUACGCUAGUCAAUUUCCUUGACUCCAAACAUGGUUCAAACUGGUGCAUCUGGGAAUUUCGAGCUGAGGGCACCGGCUACCCUGAUUCAGAGGUAUAUGGACGCAUUCACCAUUUCCCUUGGCCAGACCACCACCCUCCGCCUUUUGCAUUGAUUCCGAAUAUCAUGGGGAGUAUGCGCAAUUGGCUCUAUGGGCUAGAAGAUAAAGAUGAAGUUCCCAAGGAGCAAGAGCUUGGCGAGAGAGUGGCUGUAGUGCAUUGUAAAGCGGGGAAGGGUCGGAGUGGCACGAUCGCGGUAGGAUACUUGAUCAGUCAGGAGGGAUGGACAAUGGAGGACGCGCUGCAGAGGUUCACAGACCGGCGAAUGCGCGUUGGAUUUGGGGCUGGUGUGAGCAUAUCCAGCCAGCUACGCUACGUCGGAUACAUUGAUAUAUGGGCCAAUCGACUUCAGAAGCAAUAUGUUGAGCGACCGGUUGAGAUCCUCGAGAUACACGUCUGGGGACUUCGAGAAGGAGUCAAAGUUGCUGUGGAGGGGUAUGAAGAUGAAGGCAAGAAGAUCAAGUGCAUACACACAUUCCACCACCACGAGCGCACCGUCAUUGAAUCUGGGGGCGACAGCGGGGAUUCAACACAGAACUCUGCGAAUCCAUCCGCAAUCUCGAUCCCAUCUACCUCGCAGUCCGAUAUCUCUGCCACUGAGUCAGCUUCUUCGUCGAACGGCAACAUGUCCGCAAUCCUUUUCCGCCCAAGCAAGCCUCUGAUCAUUGCUGGAUCCGAUAUCAAUAUUGACUUUGAGCGACGAAGCAAAGCCUCCUACACCGGCUUCGCGAUGGUCACCUCUGUCGCACAUGUAUGGUUCAACACAUUUUUUGAAGGCGGCCACGAGCACGACUCGGGCGUCUUCGAAACAGAAUGGGAAGCUAUGGAUGGAAUCAAAGGUAGCACACGAAAAGGAAUUCGUGCUCUCGAGAAGCUCCAGGUUGUGUGGCGGUAUCCCACACCGUCUGUUGCAAAGAACCAACACCUAGAAGCUCAGGAUGUCAACGACACUGCUCCUUCGACUGGUAAAUCUAUCAGUGAGCCCAAGCCCGGCGAACCCAUUACAGAGAGUCAUCCUGCCGAUUGGCGUGGGGCAAACAAGGAGAAUGACCCUCCAGUCAGAAUUCAGGACAAUGUCCCAAGAAAAGCUGACAAUCAUACGGCACCGGUAGCCGCACUACAUAAACUUGAAAAUAAGUUGGGGCUGCGGAAGCAGGAUGAAAGUAAAGACGUGAGUUUGGCUGGCAAGGAUGAUACGUCUGCGACUGAUGAGGGAAAAGCGAAAGUAAAGAUGGAUCUUCAUCGUAAUGGCAGUGAUAUCGAUGGUGUAAAACCCUACAUUGAGAACGAUGGGACGGGUAAUUGA